AAGGGACAGCUCUGCAGUGUUCCUGAAGAGAGAUUCCAUGGGGACGGUCCCCGACCCUCUGAGAGCGGCUAAAACCUCCCUGAUUGCAGCUUCUGGAAAAGAAGAGACUCUGGGAGAGCUGCGGGCGUCCGCACCCCUGCACAGACCGGCUCUCUUGUGUAAGAAUGCCAAUGGCUUUUCAGGGGCCCCAGCAGAAGCAGACCUCAGCCCCGGGGAAGCUGCUGAGGCCCUGAUGCAGGCUUGUGAGCAUGAGACCGCCCAGCCAGACAUGUCUUCCCCUGGGGUCUUUAAUGAAGUAGAGAAAGCAUCUCCUCCACUCAACUCUCCCGGCAGCCCCCAGCCUCCAGGGAGCAGCCAGCCCCCAGCAGCAGCCCCAGGUUCCGCAGCAGGAAAGGCAUCGUUUACAAUGCCAGCUGAUCGGCACACACCCCAGGUGGUCACAGGCCACUGGUCCAGUGCCAGCCCUUCUUCCGUACCUGGAGAUUUCCCAGGGAAAUCACAGAGCACCUCAAAUGAGGAACAACCUGAGAAGCCAAGUUGUCCUGCAGGAGACACCUGUGGAGGCAGCAAAGGUCACGUGUCCUGUGAGUUUCCUUCACAAACUGCAGUCCAGGGAACACUGCAGGCUUCAGAUACAGCAGCCGGGCUGGCCACUCAUUCACCCUCUACCGUAGGUGGCCCUGAAGGGGAGAGACAGCCAGCCGCCUGUGACUCUGACGCUAGGCCCUGUGAACCUCCUGCAGGAGAUGGAUGCUCUGAGAACAAGCAGUCCUCUCCCACCACCUCUGACCCCCAAGAUACAACUUCUGUGACACCUCAACCACUCCCUCCCACCAGUGAAGGCUCAGCAUGUCCUCCAGAUCCAGAGAAGGAGGGGCUGCUGGCACAACAGCAGAUGCUGAGGUUCAGAGAAGCCAGCACGAUGACCAGCCACACUGACCGUGAGACCCAGGAGGCUCCCGGCAGGGCCCGGCAAGAUGCAGAGGUGCAGGCGGUAGCCAGCGUGGAGAGCAGGGCCGUCUCCACCAGCCCCAGCAUCCUCACUGCCUUCCUAAAGGCAAGCCCUGCUCCUCUGCACUCGGAACACGAGCAGCUGAGUGUGAUCUGCCACAGCGCUGGCAGUCGGGGCCACAAGUUGGAGCUCUCCCAGGGCACACAAGUCCCUCGGGAGUCUGGUCAGUGCUCUGGCAUCAUGCCUCAGGUGCGCAUUCAGACAGCUGCAGCUGUCUCCGCAGCUUUCCCAGGGGGCAGGAAACCAGAGACCCCACCAGGCGAGGUCGUGGAAACCUCGUCAAUCAAUGUGGCCUCCAGGAAUGCCCAGGAUAUGUGUAAAGAUGGGAAGUCAGCAGGAAUGACCCCAGCGAGGGAAGAACCAACCGCUAAACAGCUGCCAGAUACUAAUUCUCGCCCCCUGAAAGCUGACCCCACUGACCACAUCUCUACCAAAGCGGGCAGUCAAGCUGAAACAAGGCAUGGACUGGGGAAAUUUAACACCAAGCCGUCUGUGCAAACCACAAAUGGCCACAGAACAGACCCAGAUUGCCAACUGUUGGCCUCUUGCAGUCCUGCCAUCGAAGCUGACCAGUCCGGAAGCUUGGGUCCCACUAACACAAGGGAGAAGAAGCCUGCGUCUCCACAGAUAGUAAGAGAACAAGAGUCUCCUGGCCCUGAUACCCCAGAGGCCAAAACCCUGCUGCUCAAUCCCAAAGCUCAAGAAAGUGGAGGCACAGCGGCCGCUGCUAGUCCUACUCCUUCUCCGAUUAGAAAGACCCAGGAGGGCACCUCCGAAGAAAACAGACAGCCCAAGACAGCCACAAGCCUGAGCCUGCCCUCGGAUUCCCUGGGUGACUCCAGCCCGGGUUCUGGCAAGAGGACCCCUUCUCGCUCGGUCAAAGCCAGCCCGCGCAGGGCCAGCCGGGUCAGCGAGUUCCUCAAGGAGCAGAAGUUAAACGUGACAGCAGCUGCCGCUCAAGUGGGACUCACUCCAGGCGAUAAGAAAAAGCAGCUCAGCUUGGAAUCCAAGCUUCAGCUGAAACAGUCCAAGCGCGUCAAGGAUGUCGUGUGGGAUGAGCAGGGAAUGACGUGGGAAGUGUACGGGGCAUCCUUGGACCCGGAGUCCCUGGGAAUCGCCAUCCAGAACCAUUUACAAAGACAAAUCAGGGAACAUGAGAAAUUAAUCAAAACCCAAAACAACCAGCCCCGGAGAUCCAUUUCCUCGGAUACUUCAUCGAAUAAGAAGCUCAAAGGCAGGCAGCACCGCGUUUUCCAGUCCAUGCUGCAGAACUUCCGGCGCCCCACCUGCUGCGUGCGUCCGGCCCCGUCCUCCGUGUUAGACUGAAAAGGAGCGGGUUUGGAGGUCUGUGUGCACUUAGGGUCUCAGUCCGUGUGCACCUGCGUCAAGGCUUUGCUGAGUGUUCUUCUGUGUGACCAGGAAGAAAAAGCAAGCAUGAACUAUAGGAAAUUGCUUUUAAAAAUCAUUAGGUCCUUUGGCUGGAGCUCUAAAAAUAAAAACAUCAUUUCAAUUUGAAAGACAGAACAAGCAAAGAGAAGCAAGCUCCACGGAAGGUUUGCAACUUUAAGUGGAAAUAAUAUUCACUGGGGUUUUUUUUCUAUAAAUAUUGGUGUUGCUCAUAGAAAUAGCAUUAA